GCAUUAAAUGCAGCUGUUAAACAAAAACAAUAAGGAAAAACAUUUUUGCUGCAGCUAUAAGUGCAUUUAAGAGGGUUUGAAAUAUGGACAAGGAUAAGCAGAUUAUGUCCAAUCAAAUUGGCUACUUGAUACUCAAAGACGAUGGCUCACUACAAGAAUCAGGGGGUGAUCUCAAGAACGAUGAGCGCAGCGCCAAUGUAAUAAUGGGUCUAAUAAAUCUUACCGAAAGCAUCGAUGACAAUUUUAUGCCCAACAGCAGCUGCGAGCGCAUCAGCAUCGAUUAUGAGCACCACAGCUACAGCAUUUGCAUGUCCAAUCGGCACAUUUAUAUUGUGAAGCUUAGCAAGGGCCACAAUGGGGUCACGACCUCCUCAUCCUCGACGAGCGUGUACAACGAUGCCAACACUGAACUGAAUCCAUCUAGCACGAGUAGCACCACGGUGCUGGCUUGAAAACAACAUCGGACGCAGAUCAGCGCUUGCUGUGGUUUCUGCUGGCGGCAGCCGGAAGCGAGAAACACAAACAACAGCAAAUACAAUUGGAAAACGCCCUUUAUUUAUCUAAUUCUAUUGUUUAUUUGUCAAAAAAUACAUCAUCUGUGAGCUCCUGUUCAAAUAUACGCUUCGCCUCCUGCGUCACAUCCAA